AGAGUAUAUUUUUGAAGAGAUGACUAAUUCUUUUUUAAUAGUAGGAUGGUAUUUUGUAAACUUUCCUUUUUUGUGAAAUCAUAUUAUAAAUAUAAUAUAUUUUCAUGCUCAUAUAUUUAUAAAAUAAAUUUUCCUAAAAUAAAUUUUUCAUUUUGUAACUAUAUUUUCGUUUUUUUAUUUUAUAAAAUUUCCUUUUAUUAUAUAUAUGUUAUUUUGAAAAUAGAGAAAAGAAAACUAAAAUUUAAAAUCUUAUUAACUGAAAUUAGUAAAUAAUUUUAAUUAAGGCAAUGAGAUAUAAUAUUUAAAAUUCAUUAAGGGUAGCUCAGUAAAUAAGAAUCGUAAGAAUUAGUGUGAUCAAAACAUAUAGGAAAUUAACUUAUCAAAUAAUAUUAUAGAGAUUUUAAAAUAUUAAAUAUUAAAAUAAUAGUUUUUUUAUCUUAAACAUAUAGUUAGAGAAGUACCCUAGAAUAGCAAUAAAAAAAAUUUAUCACAAAAAUAGUUUCCAAAGAUCAAAAUAACCAAAAUAGGUUGCAUUAAAGAGGUAAAUAAUAAUUAUACCCGUACUUUUUAGGUAUAUAAAAAUAGAAAAUAUUAAUAAAAAAUUUGAAAUGAAUAUAUUUUCGAAUUUUUAAAUUUCGUUUCAAUUUGUUUUUAACAUUUUUAGGAAAAGAUUUUUAUUAACAAAAAGUUUAAAAAUACCUUCUUAAAUGUGUACGAUAUCCUUCAGAAUUUGAGUUUAUUAAGACAUUCCUAAAUAAGUAUAAUAUCAUUCUAAGAUUUAAUAAGAUAUUGAUAAAUAAGUAUAAAAUUUCAAAAAAAAUUAGGAUUUUGUUUUAUAAAUAUGUAUUUAAAAUACAUUUAUGCAUAUAUAGUCAGACCUUUAUGAAUACAUUACUCAACUUGAAUUAUAUGUAUAUUUUUAGUCAGAUAUUCUUAAAUAUGUAUAACAUCUUGCCAAAGUUUUUGAAAGGUUUUCCUAUAUUUGAUACCCAAAUUUUAUAAAGAUAUUAUACAUAUUUAUAAGCAUUUUCGUAAGUUAUUUAAAAUGAUAUAUUAAAGAAUAUUUUCCUAAAUAUGCAUAUACAUCAAAUAUAGAAGAUAACAUACACAUUUAGGAAAAAAAUCUAAAUUUAUGUACAAGUUUUAUUCAAUAAGUCUAUUUACAUAUUUAUGAAGACAUUCAUGAAUUAGGAAUUAUUAUUUUUCGCAAAUUCAGAAAGAUGUCAUACACGUUAAUAUUUUUCUAAGUUUUUUAAGAACUAUUUUUCCCCAAAAAAUACAUUUGAAAACAAAAAAAAAAUUAAAAACGAAAACUUCUGUAAAGAGAAUUUAAAGGAAAUUUAAUAACAGAUUUUGAAAAAUAAAAUCAAAAAAAUUAUCUUUGAUUUUAUCAUUUUGAAUUUUAUAAUAUUUAAUUAUUAUCUUAUUUAAUAAAUAUUUAAUUAAAAUUAUAAAAUGAGGAUAUAAUUUUUAUUUAACCAUUUAAUGAAAUCUAUUUUUAUCACUUUAACUUUUGAAAGCUAUUUAAAGAACAAAAACAAAAAAAAAAGACUAUUUAGUAGCACCAGGGCCGGCUUAGAUAGGGGCGAGCGGUGCGACCGCCCCUGGUCCAAUUUGUUGUCCCCCUAUUUUUUAAUAGAUAAGGGUCCAAUUUGUUUUUAAAAAUACAUGUAUUUUAAUAUUAAAAAUAAGAAAAGGGUGCCAAUGUUUUUUAUAUGAAAGUAUUUUUUUAUUUCCAUAAAUUUAUUUUUAAAAACAUUUCUGGUAUUUUGGAAAAAAACAUAUAUCUAUUAGAUUUUUUAAAGAAAAAUAAUUGUUUAAGGAAAAAAACAUAUAUCUAUUAGAUUUUUAAAAGAAAAAUAUUGUCAUAGGGUCCAUGACACCAUUGAGCCGGCCCUGACUAGCACAACAAGAACGGUUGUAAGAAACUAAAAGCCAAUAUUCUACUUUUCAUGAUCAUUAUGAAUAUAUACUGUCUUAUAUUUUUAUACAAAUGAAAAGAUAAAUAGGUCUUAGAAAACGGUAUAGCAAAUAGUCAAAUACAGUAAAAACCAUGCAUGAAACUUGGUGUCUAACGUUAACCAACUCUUGUUACUAACAAGCUAAUCGUAAGCCAAACAAAGAUAAGAUCAAAAUUUAUUACACAAUGCACGUAAUCCAACCCCUAAUUAUAGUGUCAUUACAUUAUCUAUUUAAAGGAUCACAAAGUGACUCCCAUUUUUAAAUUAAGCCACAACAUUCCUUCCUUCCUUCUAAGCGCAAAAGCAAAAUAAAAAUGGCAGGAGGAGCUUUUGUGUCAGAAGGAGGAAGUGGUGGAAGAGAUUAUGAAGGAGGAGUCACAGUUUUCGUUGUCAUAACAUGUAUGGUUGCAGCCAUGGGAGGUCUCCUCUUUGGUUAUGACCUUGGAAUCUCAGGAGGUGUGACAUCAAUGGAUGAGUUUCUUAGCAAGUUCUUCCCACAAUUAGAGAAGCAAAGGGUAAAGGCGAAGCACGAGACGGCUUACUGCAAAUUUGAUGACCAAAAGCUCCAAUUGUUUACUUCUUCUCUCUACUUAGCAGCUUUGGUAGCUUCCUUUGUGGCUUCGGUUGUUACUAGGAAGUAUGGACGAAAGGUUUCCAUGUUUACCGGUGGACUUGCUUUCCUCACCGGUGCACUGAUCAACGCCUUUGCCAUUAAUGUCACAAUGCUCAUCAUCGGUAGACUUUUGCUCGGUGUAGGUGUGGGAUUUGCUAAUCAGUCAACUCCGGUUUACCUCUCGGAAAUGGCUCCAGCAAAGAUAAGAGGAGCGCUAAACAUUUGUUUCCAGGUGGCUAUUACGUCUGGAAUCUUGGUGGCGAAUCUGAUCAACUAUGGAACAUCUAAUAUGGCUAAAAAUGGGUGGAGGGUUUCUUUAGGUUUAGCAGCUGUUCCAGCAAUUCUUAUGGUGAUCGGAUCAUUCUUUUUGCCCGAUACACCAAACUCAAUGCUUGAGAGAGGCAAAUACGAGGAAGCAAAACAAAUGUUGAAGAAAGUACGAGGAACGGAAAACGUUGACCAUGAGUUUCAAGAUAUACGCGAUGCAUGUCAAGCUGCUAAAAAGGUAGAACAUCCAUGGAAAAACAUCAGGCAGAGCAAAUACAGACCGGCUUUAGUCUUCUGCUCGGCCAUUCCCUUUUUCCAGCAGAUUACUGGAAUUAAUGUCAUUAUGUUCUACGCUCCUGUUCUCUUCAAGACUCUUGGUUUUGGAGAUGAUGCUGCUCUUAUGUCGGCUGUAAUAACCGGUGUAGUUAACGUGCUCGCGACCUUUGUCUCCCUAUACUCGGUUGAUAGAUUUGGAAGAAGGUUUCUUUUCCUUGAAGGUGGCAUUCAAAUGUUCAUAUGUCAGAUUCUUGUUGGUUCAUUUAUCGGUUUAAAAUUCGGAACCACGGGAACCGGAACCUUGACACCAGCAACAGCAGACUGGAUUCUUGUUUUCAUAUGUGUGUACGUUGCUGGAUUUGCAUGGUCAUGGGGUCCAUUGGGUUGGUUAGUACCCAGUGAGAUAUGUCCAUUGGAAAUCAGACCAGCUGGACAAGCCAUCAACGUCUCAGUCAACAUGUUCUUCACUUUCCUCAUCGGUCAAUUCUUCUUGACAAUGCUUUGUCACAUGAAGUUUGGUCUCUUCUACUUCUUUGCAGGCAUGGUUGCCAUCAUGACCAUCUUCAUCUACUUUUUGUUUCCGGAGACCAGAGGUGUUCCCAUUGAAGAGAUGGGAAGAGUUUGGAAGCAACAUUGGUUCUGGAAAAGUUACAUUCCAGAUGACGCAGUUAUUGGUGGACAUGAUGAAAACUAAACCAAUUUGGUUUAAGUGGAAUUGGUUCGGUCAUAUAUGUUCAUCAAUUAUGAGUUGUUUUCACGUUAAUACUGUCUAGAUAAUUUGUUAAUUACCCGAUCCAUUAUCUAAUAUAUACGAUACCUUCUUUAUAGUCUUUCAUAACCGCAGCUAA